AUCCCCCACUUUUACUGACAGUUGAUUCUCUUGACAACAAUAAUCACUGUCCCUUUUUUUUUUCCUCAUGAAAAUUUGUCAUUGUUAUUCUCAUAAUCUAUCCUUAUCUCAUAAAGGAAAAUAAAAAAUAAUAAAGAUAAAAUUUUUCCUCUUCCCUCUCUUAUAAUAUAUUUUUUUUUAUACUUAUCUAUGUGUUGAAAAUCUACAUAAAAAAUUAUCAAGUGUGUAUAUCGCGUGAAAUUGUGAUUGUGUGUAAUAUCACCGUCAUCAUCAUCAUCGUCAAAAAUUAUAUAUUUCCAACGACGUUUUUAAUUCUGUUUAUUAUAUUACUCAAAUAAAUCAUUAAAUUUAAUAUUAAAGAGAAAAAAAUAAACACAAUUUAUAUUGAUUUAAGCAUUAUUAAAAUAAUAAAAAAAUUUUCAUUAAAAAAAACAUAGUUUAUUUUAAAUGUUUGAUUAAAUUUUUUGCUCCAACUUUUUUUUUUUUUUUGUGUAUUGAUAUUUAGAAAUAAAAAUUGUAUAAUAAUGGCGGGUGAAGUUUCGACAAGUGUUAAUAAUCCAAAUGCUGAAAUUGUACGUGGACAAGCAUUUGAAGUUGGUCCAAGAUAUACAAAUUUAGCAUACAUGGGUGAAGGUGCAUAUGGAAUGGUUGUAUCAGCAUAUGAUAAUGUAACAAAAACAAAAGUUGCAAUUAAAAAAAUAUCACCAUUUGAGCAUCAAACAUACAGCCAAAGAACAUUGAGAGAAAUUAAAAUUCUCACGAGGUUUAAACAUGAAAAUAUAAUAGACAUAAGAGAUAUACUGAGAUCACCAUCAAUUGAUCAAAUGAAAGAUGUAUACAUUGUACAAUGUUUAAUGGAAACUGAUUUAUAUAAAUUAUUAAAAACUCAAGCAAUAAGUAAUGAUCAUAUAUGUUAUUUUCUAUAUCAAAUAUUACGUGGAUUAAAAUAUAUACAUUCAGCAAAUGUAUUACACAGAGAUUUAAAACCAAGUAAUUUAUUAUUAAAUACAACAUGUGAUCUUAAAAUAUGUGAUUUUGGUCUUGCAAGAGUUGCUGAUCCAGAUCAUAAUCAUGCUGGUUUUUUAACUGAAUAUGUUGCAACAAGAUGGUACAGAGCACCAGAAAUAAUGCUAAAUUCAAAGGGUUAUACUAAAUCAAUUGACAUAUGGUCUGUUGGUUGUAUACUUGCUGAGAUGCUUUCACGUCGUGCAAUAUUUCCUGGCAAACAUUACUUAGAUCAGCUUAAUCAUAUACUUGGUGUACUUGGUUCACCUUCAUCAGAAGACCUUGAAUGCAUCAUUAAUGAAAAGGCACGUAAUUAUCUACAGUCAUUGCCAUAUAAACCAAAAGUACCUUGGACAUGUCUUUUUCCAAAUGCUGAUCCACGUGCAUUAGAUUUAUUGGAUAAAAUGCUUACAUUUAAUCCAAAUAAACGUAUUGUUGUUGAAGAUGCACUUGCACAUCCUUAUCUUGAGCAGUAUUAUGAUCCAGCUGAUGAACCUGUUGCAGAGGAACCAUUUAAAUUUGAUAUGGAACUUGAUGAUCUUCCAAAAGAAGUAUUAAAACAGUAUAUAUUUGAUGAAACAUCACAGUAUGCUAAAGAUCAUCCUGAUAAUGUUAUCUAGUUGAUUAUUAUUUGAAAUAUUAAACAUUUAUUUUGUCUAUUAUAUUUUCAAAAUGGAAUUAAAACCAAAUAAUAAAUAGAUAACAAAAAGAAGCAAAAAAAAAACAACCAUCGUUAAGAAAAAAUUUAAAUAAUUAUGUAUGCCUAAUUAUCAAGAAGAUUAUGAAAAUUGUUUAAUAAAAGAAUAACCAAUAUAUCACAUUUUUAAAAAAGUCAAAAUAAAUUCAUAUGUCGCCGAAUAAUAGGUCAGUUUCAUCAGCUGAUUGAUCAAUAUAAUAUAUUUAAUUGAUAUUAAUAAUAAUUAUUAAUUAUUGUAAUUUGUAUUUUUUAAAAAAUUAUCAAUACUUUACUUUUACAUUCAAAAUAUAUCAUUUUUUUGUUUGUCAUUAAAUUUAUUAAUACUCUGAUAUAUUUUUCGUAUCAUUUAUUCAAUAACUCAGGAUUUAUAUUAAAAUAUUAAAUUGAAAAAUUAAAAUUAUUUAUUAUUAUUAUUAUGAAUCGAUUUUGAUUGUUGUUGUUGUUGAUGUUGUUGUUGUUGUUUCAAGCACAAUAUAUCUGUGAUUUAAUUAUCAACAAAUUAUUAAUGAAAAUGAUGGUGGAAAAUAAUAGUAAAAAUUUCAAAAGUUUUUUCAUUGUGUGUCUAAGAAAUAUUUGAGAAAAAAAAAAAAAAAAUAUUAGAAUAUUAAUCGAAAUUUCAUCUUGUCGUUGAAUGUGUAAAUGUCAUUUUAAUUAUUUCAUUAGAAAAAAAAAAAAGUAUAACAAAUACACAAAAAAAAAAAACUCAAUUCUUCCAUUUCGAUGGAUAAGAUAAAAUUAAUCUUCCAAUAAUUAUUUAUUUAAUUUAUAAAUUAAAAAACAAAACGAAUAACAAUUUAAUUUUUAAAUAAUGAUGUCAUUUGGCCUAAUAUACUUAAACGUUAUAAGUGUGUAUUUAUUGUUGUUGAUGAAUUUUCAUAUCUUGCUUAAUUAAAAAUAAAACUAAAAGCAAGAAAAAAAAUGAUGAUAAAUUAUAUCCAAAAGUCAAAUCAUUCAUAAUAAUUUUACUAUUUAGUUUCGAAGAAAAAUAAUAAUUUCAAUUUUUUUUUCCAAAUUGUUAAUUGUUAAAAAUAUAUUUUCUUUUGUUUUCAUUAGACAUGAAUAUUUUUUUGAAUUAAGGAGCACUUUCGAACAAUGUUUUAUUACUGUUAAACUCAGGUAAAAAAAAUUAAUUAUCAUCGAAUAUUUCAAUAAGAGAAAAUGGACCUAAAAAUGAAUGAAAAAAAAAUAAAAUCGAAAAUUAAAAUAA